AUGCCCCAGACGGUAGGCAAGUACGAUGGGUUAGGCGAUCCAGACGAUCAUCUCAACCUAUUCAAAAGUGCAGGAGAAGUAGCCUGUUGGCCCAUGCCCCUUUGGUGCAAGAUGUUUGUCCAAACGCUGGUAGGCGCAGCUCGUGUUUGGUGGGACAACCUGCCUACCGGGGAAAUUGACAGUUUCGAAGAUCUAGAGGCAAAGUUCAUCUUGCAAUUUAGCCAGCAACGCAGACACACAAAAGAUUGGAACGAGCUUCUCCACAUCCGCCGGCGAGACAACGAGACGGUGGAGAAUUUCAUCGUUAGGUUCAAUAAAGAAAGCUUGGCAAUUCCAGGCGUUACAAACGUUCUAGCAUGUGGAGCUUUCCUACAAGGAGUAAACGACGAUGAGUUGUUAAGGACACUUCAUGGAAGGGAUGGCGUACCUCCCACCAUUGACGAAAUACUAAGGAUCGCUAAAGUAUACGUUAUACAAGAAAAGGCCGUGGCCGCCAGUCAUGCAGCCAACAGGAAAAAAGAGGCCAUGAAAAACCAGGAAGAAAGAGAACAACGAUGGGGCCAAAGACCCAGAAACACCUAUUCAAGGAACGAUUCCACUAAACCGCGAUCCGACUAUCCCAACUUGAGCAAAACACCCGCAGAGAUCUUGGCCUCGGAGAACCUCAAGUUUAAUCCUCCAAAGCCGCUGAAAGAUAAUCCUAACAAAGACACAAGUAAAUAUUGUGAAUAUCAUAAGGGAAGCGGCCAUGAUACGAAUGAUUGCUUUCAGUUAAAAAAGCAGAUUGAAUAUUUCGUGAAAGCGGGCAAAUUGGCACGUUUUAGUGAGAGACAUCAAGCAGGGCCCACCCGUCGUCAAGGAAGAGAUGAUAAGGCGGCAGGAAAAAGACCGCGAGAACUUAAUAUGGUACACGCCGACAAGGGAAAAGGGGCAAAGCGGAGUUUCUCCACGCUCGAACCCUGGAUGUUAGCAACCAUGACUAUUGAACCUCGCGUGGAAGAUUUACACCUCACUACGGAUGCCCUGAUCAUAUCCGCUGCAGCAGGGGAUUACCGCAUGAGAAGAAUCCUGGUAGAUACCGGGAGUUCAGAAGACAUUAUCUACGAGCAUUGUUUCAAUAGAAUGCAGCUGGAAGACAGAAAGCUGCUUGAAUCAGUGCACGCCCCCAUCAAAGGUUUUACAGGAGAAAAGGUGGACCCAAUUGGUCAGAUUACCUUUCCAGUUACAUUUGGACAAGAACCCAGAGAAAGAACCAUACUCCUAACUUUCCUCGUGGUACGCGCUGAGUCAUAUCACACUGUGAUCAUUGGAAGGUUCACUCUGGGGAAAUUGGACGCAAUAGUUUCUACGAUGCGAGGUUUUAUGAAGUUCCCUACCCCACGGGGUGUUGCAACAGUAUUUUGUAACAAGAUAGGAGAGGUAUUAAACGCCAAAAAAUGUCGCCAAGGCCCCACCGGAGCCGUUGGUCCAGAAAGGUGGGUAUUAAGCACACGCCAUCCGGAUCAGACAGUUACAAUCGGGGACAGCCUCUCUCCCGAGAUUAAAAACGAUUUGAAACAACUGCUGAGAAGGAAUGUCGAUAUCUUCGCCUUUGAACAUUCUGACAUGACAGGAAUACCCCACGAUAAGGCAGAGCACAAGCUAGCAACGCUCCUAGGCAUUAAGCCAGUCGCACAGGGUAAACGCAGUAUGGCUCCAGAUCGAAAGGCAGCGGUUGUUAGAGAGGUACGAAAAUUGGUGGAAGGUGGAAUCCUCAGAGAAACACAAUACCAUACGUGGGUAUCCAACCCGGUGAUGGUAAAAAAGCCCGAUAGAACUUGGCGAAUGUGCAUUGAUUUCAAAGAUUUAAAUAAAGCAUGCCCCAAAGACGCGUACCCACUGCCUGAAAUUGACUUCAAGGUUGAUUCCCUGGUCCCUUACAAUAAGUGUUUCUUAGACGCUUAUAAAGGGUAUCACCAGAUUAAGAUGUCCAAAGAAGAUGAAGAAAAAACGGCAAAUUUGGAAGUAUACGUUGAUGAUCUUGUAAUCAAAAGUAGGGAAGAGAAACAAAUGCUAGAAGACAUUGAGGAAACUUUCCAAAAGCUUAGAGAGUACAACACCAAACUCAAUCCUAAGAAAUGCUCUUUCAGGGUAGAAGAAGGGAAGUUCUUAGGAGUGAUUGUCACCCGGGACGGUUUUAAAGCUAAUCUGGAAAAGGUGGCCGCCAUAACGCGGAUACCCUCUCCAAGAACUUUGAAAGAAGCGCAAGCAUUAAAUUGGCAUUUAGUGGCGAUCAACAGAUUCUUAGCGAGGCAUGCUGAAAAAUCUUUGCCAUUUAUUAAGACGUUGAAAGAUUGCCUCAACAAAAAGAAUUUCAAAUAG